UCCAAACGCGAUGCAAUGUAAACACGUCAGGAGAACGUCGGCACGGGCGUUACAAGAAAGUCACAGCGGGUCCGGGGCCCCGGGGGAGAUAAACAUAAACCGACCGCACCUCACCUCACCUCCCCUCACCCGAGUACCUGAACACGACUCGCGCAGCUACUCCCUGCUCGCCUCCUCUCGCCCGCCGCGCCGCCGGUUCUUCGCAAGCAAUUUUGUAAGGCGUAAGGCAUUACCAUCAACUCUUGCAAUGGGUGGAAACCAGUAUGACGAUGACUGGGUGUUGCCCAGUGCUGAUAUCACUCUUGUUCUUGUUGGGAAACUUGGCUGUGGAAAGAGUGCAACUGGAAAUAGCAUCCUUGGACAGGAAGUAUUUGAAUCAGAAUACUCCCAUGUUAGUGUUACUAAUACUUGUCAGAUGGGAAGCACCACCCUGCACGAUGGCCGCACGAUCAAUGUUAUUGAUACACCAGGGUUAUUUGAAGUCAAGGUUACAACUGAGGAUGCUGGUAAAGAAAUUGUGAAGUGUUUGAACAUGGCUAAAGAUGGGAUACAUGCAGUUCUGAUGGUUUUUCCUGCCACACAUCGGUUUUCUCAAGAAUCUGAAAGUACAAUUGAGAGCAUUAAGGCAUUCUUUGGGGAAAAGAUUGUUAACCACAUGAUUUUAGUUUUUACAUAUGGAGAUGUAAUUGGUGAAUCUAAAUUGAAGAAAAUGCAAAAUAAUGCCCCUGAGUGUUUGAAGAAAGUUGUUGAGCUAUGCCAAAACAGGGUGGUGCUCUUUGAUAACAUGACCAAUGACCGAAGGCUCCAAGAGCAGCAACUUGACAAACUGCUUGAUUUGGUGGACUCAAUUAGUGCAAAUAAUGGAGGAAAACCAUUUUCAGAUCAAAUGUUCACUCGCAUUAAGGAGGUGCAUGAUAGAGAAAAGGAGAUGCGUACCAUUGGAUAUUCUGAAGAGCAGAUAUCUGAGUUGAAGAAGGAGAUACAUAGAACUCGGGAUGAACAACUUGCGCACAUAACCAGCAUGGUGGAGGAAAAGCUAAACUACAGUGUGGAGAAGCUGCAACAGCAACUCAUGGAAGAACAGAACGCAAGGCUGGAAGCAGAGAAGGUGGCGCUCGAAGCAAGAAUGAAAUCAGAAGACGAGAUCCAGAAGUUGAAGGAGAGCCUCAGGAAGGCUCAGAUGGAGAACGAGGAGUUCCGGAGGUUGGCAGCGGAGCGCAAGUGUGCUAUCCUCUAAGGAGUAGCCGCGGCAUCUGGGAUUUCCAAUUUUCAAUGGAUGGAGGGCAGAUUAAACUUUUGCUACCGUGCCGACGUCUCGUAUCUGUACAUUAUUACUAGUAUAUCAUCACAAACACGCGACUAGUCAGCUGGUGUUCUUGCGAAUGGUAAUACAUCUAAUCUAUAUCAUCGUUAUGCUUGUUUGCCGUGUUCUGGGCGGCUACCUACA